AUGAGUGGGGCGUGGCCGGCUUUCACGGAAGACACGCCCGUAUUAGGGGAACAGCAUGCGCAGCCGAGCACGUCUCCACGGCCGGUGCUGAGUGGAACGUCAUCAAUGUCUGAUCCUUUUCGCUCGGAUCAAAAAACCCCGCAGCAAAGUGAUGUGAUCACGUUUCCCAGCAGUUCCAGACAUCAAAAUCUAAUCUUGAAACGAGUUGUUGUCGAUUUGACGCCACCACAGAGUACAGCAGCAAAACUGAGGAGGCAAAAAGAAGUCCGGCGAGGCGGAACGGAGAUGGAUCUCUGGAUCGUGUUGCAAAUUAAUGAAAAGUGA